AUGCUCCAAUUGCGUGGCAUUCAGUGCGAGGGCUAUAACACCACACUCAAGUGGACCAACGGAAUAGCCUCGCGGGGUCGAUUUGCUGGGGCCGCAAUCCCUGACCUUGCUGCGAACAAAGCGAGCGCCAACUCAACUACUUUUGAUAGCUAUCUGCCGAACGCUGAAGAUCCACUACACCACACUGGAUCAUCCUCAGCAUCUCCCGGGGCCGAUACACCGAAGCUGUCCGGGGCCGCUCAAAAAUCAGAUACACCGGGGUCACACUCUGAAAUCUCAUAUUUGGCACCAUCGCCCGGCGGCACCAAUGACCCGAAACGGCAGCUUUUCCAGAAAUUUCUCAACGCGGGGAUGCACCGACUCUACACCACUGAGAGCUCUGGUUGGAUGAAAUCUCACUUUGUCUCAAUGGCAGAGAAAAGCCAAGCAUUUGCUAUCGUCUGUGGUGCUAUCCAAGCAUACCUAGACGACGGUUUCUCAGUCUCGUCAAUGGAAUACGUCGAUCACGCGCUCCAAACUUUCCGAUCGGAAUUAGAAAGCCGACACAACUCCUUCGAUGGAUCCACUGUCUCUGCUGGCCUGCUUCUCUGUAGUCUAUGUCUGCUUCAAGCUCGCCCUUGGACGAUGUAUCUUCAGCUCAUGGCCGGCCUGUACCAUCUAGAGACGAACUUGAGUCAUCUGCUGCCCUCAGCCGACCAUGAGUUCACCAUCCGGCACUCCAUCGAAGUCUUGUCUAUCAUGGACAUGGAUAUCAUGGUGAUUGGUCGAAUAACACCGAGCAUGAAUGUUUGGCGCCACCUACGAAAAGUCCAAGAUUCUUGGAAAGGCGGUAGGCUCGGUGGGGUAGAGACCGUAUCGGGACUGCCCAGAUCGCUACUAGAUAUUCUCGCUGAUAUGAGGGAGAGCAGCGCGAGUGACAUAGAAUCCCAGCUCUGGACUUGGCCGGGAGAGAUUGGUGAGCAUGCCCAAUGCAUGCUUUGGGACUGCUGGCGGUAUACAGCGGUCUUACAUGUGAGGCGAUUAUACCGAUCCAGAAGAAAGUUGGCAUCGUCCGAUGAUGAGAACCGGCCGGGACCUCACUCAGGUGACCUGACAUCAUUCCCGUCAAGAGAAGUCGUCAUGUGUCGUUUGGCGGCAUCGGUUUACGCACUAUACAGGGCAGUUGAAAUGCCCGCCAACCACCACCUUCUGGUUCACAACGGGCUCAUGUAUCCUUUAGUGAUAGGCAGCCUCGAAGUCCCCAUCCUAAAUGCUCAUCCAGAGUGGAAGCAGGUUUUCGACGAUGUGCGGCCAUCGUUCUUGAGGAAAGACUCAUUUCGGCUCAUAAAUAUAGUUGACGAGGUCCUUGAAGAAGCAUCUAGGGAGGGAACUGAUACAUUUGACAUAGAAGAAGCUGCUAAGGCUCGAGGUGUUGAGAUCGCAGUCUUUUAA